CAUGUCUAAAGACAGAACAGACUAAUGAAUGAAAAGUGAAAUUUAUUUUUAAGGGUGGGGUUUUUGUAUUUUCUAGUUUUUCAAUACCUUUUGUAAUAUAUUUCUCAUGUAUUUUACAUACACAGUUUUAACGGUAUUGGGCAAGAUCUAACGUAAUAUUUACGCCAAAGUGUACAAAGUUAUUGACGGAUACAUUUGUAUAAUAACCUAAUGUGAGGUUAAAACAUUUAUUUGUUAGUGACAGAUAGGAUGUUUUAAGGAUUUUAUGUAAAAGUUUACAAGGAUAGUUUUGAAUCAAUUGGUCUGUGUUAUUUAUAAUACGUAAUAAUAAAACUUUUAACAGAGGAAUACAAUGAAGAAGUCUUUACCGAAAAAGUGAAGUGAUUUUAGUCUAUUGAAUUUGGGCAGCCAUUUUAUUUUCAGUACAAGAUACUUGAGAUGCCAGUAUAGCUGUGGAAGUUCAAAAUAUGGCACCCGUGCCUCGCCCGGGUAGCCUGCGCGAUCCUGAGAUUGCCGAUCUGUUUUUUAAACACGAUCCAGAGAAGAUUUUUGAAGACUUGAGAGAAAUUGGCCAUGGAAGCUUUGGGGCCGUUUAUUAUGCAAGAUGUCUUCUUACUCGAGAGAUUGUGGCUGUCAAGAAGAUGUCCUAUCUCGGCAAACAAAGUCUGGAAAAGUGGCAGGAUAUUUUAAAGGAAAUAAGAUUUUUAAAGCAGUUAAACCACCCUAAUACAAUUGAAUAUAAGGGAUGUUAUCUUAGAGACAACACGGCAUGGCUGGUAAUGGAAUACUGUCUCGGAUCUGCAUCUGAUAUAAUCGAAGUGCACAAGAGACCACUGAAAGAAGACGAAAUAUCUGCUAUUUGUGAUGGGGUUCUCCAUGGACUCAGUUAUUUACAUGAGUUAGGAAGAAUACAUCGUGAUGUAAAAGCUGGCAAUAUAUUACUAACUGAAAAUGGAACGGUAAAGUUGGCAGAUUUUGGUAGUGCGUCCAUUAAAUGUCCAGCGAAUUCCUUUGUAGGUACUCCAUAUUGGAUGGCACCAGAGGUAAUAUUAGCGAUGGACGAGGGCCAAUAUGAUGGCAAAGUGGAUGUUUGGUCUUUAGGUAUAACUUGUAUAGAAUUAGCUGAGAGAAAACCACCGUAUUUUAAUAUGAAUGCCAUGUCAGCACUCUACCAUAUUGCUCAAAAUGAGUCACCUACAUUGACCUCUCCAGAAUGGUCAGAUGUUUUUAAACAUUUUGUUGAAGCGUGUCUACAAAAAUCCCCAGGACAGCGUCCAACUUCAUCUAGGUUAUUAAAUCACCAAUUCUCUACUAGGAGUCGGUCGUCAAAUGUUUUAAUAGACUUAAUUCAACGUACUAAGGCUGCAGUUAGGGAUUUGGAUAAUUUGAAUUAUAGGAAAAUGAAAAAGAUUCUCAUGGUAGAGAAUUGUGAAACAGAAAGUACCAUAGAUGUAGACGAUACUCCAGAUGAACAUACUGGCGGUGAUAGUUCUAAAAGCAAUUCAGUUACCUCCGAACAAAGUGUUCAUUCCGUGGGAGUAUCUGCCAGUAGUCAAUCCAGUAGUACCAAUAGUUUACCAGCAGGUGUAGAAGAUGGUACGACGCGAAGAAAUCGACAACUUAAUCAUCCAGCUGCUGCAGCUGUUUCAGAUCAUGGUACCAAUAACUUUGCUACUAUUAGAACUACCAGUAUAGUUACUAAACAACAGAAAGAGCAUAUGCAGGAGGAAAUGCAUGAACAGAUGUCUGGAUAUAAAAGAAUGCGUAGGGAACAUCAAAGUGCCUUGUUAAAACUGGAAGACAAAUGUAAGAUGGAAAUGGAGGCGCAUAAAAACCAAUUAGAUAAAGAGUACGAGAGCUUGCUUCAAAACUUUAGUAAAGAAUUAGAAAAAUUACAAAUUAAACAUCAGCAAGAGCUUGAAAGGAAGCAUAAAUAUAAUUUGGCUGGUGAAAAGAAGUUGAUGAAAGAUAUUAGUAGUCAACAGGAUAUGGACAGAAAGGCGUUCGACGCUCAUAGAAAGAAAGAAUAUAAAGCAAAUAAGGAACGAUGGAAACGGGAGUUGUCACAGGACGAUUCGACACCAAAACGACAGAGGGAUGCCACACUACAAACUCACAAAGACAACUUAAAAGUAGUAGAUGCACUAGAAGAACAGCGGUUGUUGCGCUGUCAGAAGGAGUAUCUCGAACUGGAACUACGAAAAUUCAGGAGAAAAAAAUUGAUGACCUAUCAUCAAUUAGAACAAGAAUUAUUGAGACAAGAAUUAAACAAACGACAACACCAGUUAGAACAGGCUCACUCUAUGCUGCUACGGCACCACGAGAAAACGCAAGAGUUGGAAUAUCGGCAACAGAAAGCCGUACAUGCGUUAAGAGAAGAGCAGGUUAAAAAUCAACAUGAUACAGAAUUGGCUAACCAGGCAGAAUAUAUGAAGCGAACUGAACGGGAAAUGAGGAAGAAACAUGCUCUAGAACUGAAACAGCAACCUAAGUCUCUAAAGCAAAAGGAAAUGUUGGUUCGAAAACAGUUCAGAGAGACUUGCAAGGUACAAACCAAGCAAUAUAAAGCUUUAAAAGCUCAAAUUCUUUUAAAUACUCCAAAAGAAAAUCAAAAGGUAGUAAUUAAGAAACUGAAGGAGGAACAAAGAAGAAAACUGGCCCUCUUAGGCGAUCAAUAUGAACAGAGUAUCGCCGAAAUGUUACAGAAACAAUGCAUUAAGUUAGAUGAAAGCCAGGAACUUCAAUGUCAACAGAUGAAGGAGAGGUUAAGAUAUGAACUGGAGAUUUUGAUAGCAUACCAGAGUAAAAAUAAAAUGCAAGCGCAAGCACAGAGAGAUAGGGAAAAAAAUGAGCUACAGGAAAGAGUGGCGGUGAGGAAGUCUCUUCUCGAACAAAAGAUGACUGCCGAAAAUCAAAGGUUCGUUGAUGAAAGGGGGGAAAGAAUAAGAAUUCUUCAUGAAAAACAAGAAAAAGAAUUGGAGGAGUUCGAUGAGGACUCUGUAAAACUGGGAUUUAGUGCAUUAAUGAUAGCAGAGAUGUCGCUACAAAUAAAUGAUAUGUCGCGCGACAGUUACGACGUUGACGAUGCUAGUUUGUCAGGCUCCAUGCUUAGUCUGGCGCAUUCCAACAGUUCUACCAGUUUUCCACCUACUUCCGUUUAGUAAAUUUCUCUUUAUGAUUUCCAUCCUCAGUGACACAUAAAAAGGCCUGUACAAAUUCUGUUGGGAACAACAAAGCAAGGAACGAAUAAGAAUGGCGGAAAAUCAUAGAACAUGACAAAACCCAUAUGGGAUGGUCGAGCUAGUGACAAUGAUGGUACUUUCCAUUGAAAAAUGUUUUAUAUGUGUGAUCUGUGAUUUCUCCAAUUAAAAAAAGCAAAACUAAAUGUAUAAAUCUAAUAUUUUGUACUCUUGGUUGAAGGAACGUCGAUGAUAGAGGUCGUGACUAAAUAAUUAUCGCCAAAAUAUUGUUUUCCUUUUUUUGUAAAUAUUAUAUAUAUAAUAUCGUUGUCUUUGCCUAGAUAUCUUUUAAAAGUUUGUAUAAAUUUGUAAUUUUGUUAGUAUAUGUUUUUGCAAUCUACCGCGCAUUUUUUCAAUUAUCGUCUUUUAAUAGAAAAAGUAUUAUACGAGCAAUUAAUAAAUUUUAUUUGCAGUUUUUUGUAACGUAUUAUACAGUAAAUUACUUAGAAAUAUUCUGCAUGCCUUUAAAGUAUGCGUUUUGAAAAUUAUUAGAAAUUAUUAGUGGCUCUGUAAAGGAAAAACGCACGGUAUGAUUAAUUAAACCUUUCUAAUUGAUUAGCAGUAUUUAUUAUGAUAAAUUGAAUUAUUGUAUUGUAAAUAUGUUGUUGAAAACUUCUUUAGUGUCAAAGGUCUAUUAAUAAUGUUUUUUUUAACUUAAAUUAUAGUUUUCAGCUUCAAAAA